UCAACAACGAAUUCACCUCCGCCAUAUCAUACGCGUCGACCGCUACACGAUAUCAUCCAUGAUAUGCUAUAGACGCUGGCAAUCAAACGUCUCGAAACAACACUGCUUGCCGCAUCAUGGCGGGCGGCGAGGAACCCCUCUUGUCUCAAAGACCCUCCUCGGAGAUCUCCAACGACCGGACGGAAGAAGAGGACGCUCUCUUGACAGGGGAGAGGACGACGCGGAAUGAUGGGAAUUCUCCUAGGACCUGGAAGUUCUGGCGCGAAGUAGGCGCCUUUGCAUGGGCGGUUCUGGCUACAGCGGCUUUGAUCUGCGUUGCGGUCUUAUAUGGACACUCUUCGGACAGCAAAGGAGGGCCCUCAUCCCAUCCAUCCGGAAAGAAGAGUUUGAUCUUCAUGGUUUCAGAUGGGAUGGGCCCAACCUCUCUCUCGUUAACCCGGUCCUUCACUCAGUUUGAGAACGGGUUACCAUGGUCCUCCCAGCUCGUCAUCGACCAACACUUGAUAGGCCAGUCCCGAACUCGGUCCACCUCCAGUUUAAUCACGGAUUCAGCAGCGGGCGCCACGGCCUUCUCCUGCGGCUUGAAGAGUUACAACGGCGCUAUCUCGGUCAUUCCUAAUCACGAUCCAUGCGGGACAGUAUUGGAGGCAGCGAAGAAGGCAGGAUACAUGACUGGCUUGGUCGUUACCACAAGAAUCACGGAUGCUACACCCGCAUGUUUUGCAGCCCAUGUAAACAUGAGGACAGAGGAAGACCGUAUCGCCGAGCAAAUGGUCGGAGACUACCCUCUCGGUCGCGUCGUUGACUUGAUGCUUGGAGGUGGGCGCUGUCACUUCUUGCCAAACAGCACGGACGGGUCUUGCCGUGAGGACGAUAAGGACAUUGUGUCCCUGGCGAAGCAGAACGGCUUCGAUUACAUUAGCGAUCGCAAAGGCUUCAAUGGACUCAAAGGCGGCUCAAAGGUGGAACUUCCACUACUAGGAUUAUUCGCCGAGACCGAUAUCCCCUACGAAAUCGAUCGUCGCAACGAGGACGAUGUCUAUCCUUCGCUCCACGAAAUGGCUGAGACUGCCAUGAAAGCACUGAGCGAGGCUACGAAGAACAGCGAUAAAGGGUUCUUCUUGAUGAUUGAGGGAAGCCGCAUCGACCAUGCGGGUCAUCACAACGACCCUGCGGCUCAGGUGCACGAAGUUCUAGCUUACGACAAAGCGUUCGCAAGUGUUCUAGAGUUCUUGGAAAGCUAUCCCGUUGAGGCUGUAAUGCUCAGCACGAGUGACCACGAGACCGGAGGACUGGCAACUGCUAGACAACUUCACAGCACCUAUCCUGAAUAUGUCUGGUAUCCUGGGCCCCUUGCCAACGCCUCCAAGUCCGCCGAGCGCAUGACGGCAGAAUAUAACGAGCACCUUUCUUCAAGCACGCUUGACGCAACUGGUUAUGUCAAGAAAGCCUUGGCCAAAGGACUCGGGAUCGAAGACCCCAGCGACGAGGAGAUCUCCGCUCUCGUGGACCAGCCAGAUCAGGCCCUGAUCCUGUUCGCCGAUAUGAUUUCGCGCCGAUCUCAGACCGGAUGGUCGACUCACGGGCACUCGGCCGCUGACGUGAACAUCUACGCAUCCUCCGCAAAAGCUGCGACACCGCUUCUUGGCAACCACGAGAACACCGAAGUCGGCGAGUUCCUUCGCGACUACCUAGGUGUGGAUGUCAAUGCUGUCACUGAGGAGCUGAAAGAGAAGGGUGCUUCGUUCAAUACCCUUGAUGCGGACGGAAAGACCGUAAGCUGGAUGGGCAGAAUAGCGGGGGACGGCGAGAGAAUGGAUGGCCAGGAUCAUAUGACGCAUUACUCCGGCGACUUCAAGAAGCACAAGCAUAAGAGGGGAUGUGAUAUCUGUGGAGUGUGAGUUCGCUUGUGGCAAGGAGUUUGGUGUUUAGAAGACUCUUGAUCGACGAGCUGCAUUGUUCGUGGGUGCUGUACCAUGUUUGUAUUUUGAACUAGCGGCCUAAAUACCCUUUCAUACAUAGCAAUUCUUUGUAUACAAUCGCGGAUACGAUAUACGUUAUUGUUCUGGAGCGAGAC